AUGGCAUUAGAUGACACCCUAUCAUGGCCGGAAAUGUGGACUAUGCUGCUCCUUCUUGGGGCUGGUCUCGGCAUCCUCAUCAACACCUUCCAGGGUGAUGGUGCGCCAGUGAUAGCCGCCAUCGCUCUGUCUCUCAUUGCAUUCGCGGUAUCGUUCAGUAUGAUCCGGUGGCUUGGACCUGUUUUUAUGCAAGCAGGUCUCAAGGGAAAAGAUAUGGCCAAGCCCAAAAGACCUGAAAUACCGGAAACAAUGGGCGCUGUUUGUGCAGUUGUAUAUCUACUUGUACUUAUUGUUUUCAUUCCCUUUGCUUUUUAUAAGGAUAUUGUUGCAGCCACUUCAGGAGGAGGCAACCGUGAUGUCGUGAUCGAGGUUCAGCAUAUUGAGACUGGCCGGUUCCUCCACAGAUUCCCUCACGGAAAGCUCGCUUCGUACCUCUCUGGUCUGCUCUCUCUCCAAUGCAUCAUCAUCUUGGGAAUUGGCGAUGAUCUUCUCGACAUUCGCUGGAGGCACAAAGUCCUGAUCCCGGCAUUUGCGGCGAUUCCCAUGCUAGUGGUCUACCUGGUCGACUUCGGCGUGACUCAUGUUGUUGUUCCCUUGCCGCUGCAACAGUAUCUGGGCAAUUUCAUUGAUCUAGGCUGGCUCUACUACAUUUACAUGGCAGCUGUCGCCAUCUUCUGUCCCAAUGCCAUCAAUAUGCUGGCAGGUAUCAAUGGGAUCGAAGUUGCGCAGUCCCUGGUCAUCGCAGUACUUUUACUACUGAACGAUGCGAUGUACUUGGCCCCGAUCAGCCCAUAUCCGCAUCCCGCCACUGAUUCGCACUUGUUCUCGAUUUACUUCCUGCUGCCUUUCAUUGGUGUCUCCGCAGCUCUUCUAUGCCACAAUUGGUAUCCUUCCAAGGUGUUCGUUGGAGAUACUUACUGUUACUUGGCUGGCAUGGUAUUUGCAGUUGUUGGCAUUCUCGGGCAUUUCAGCAAGACUUUGCUGCUUCUGUUCAUCCCACAGAUCUUCAAUUUCCUCUACUCCACGCCUCAGCUCUUUCACAUCAUUCCUUGCCCCCGUCACCGACUUCCAAAAUUCAACGCUUCUACUGGAUUGAUCGAUGCCUCUGCCACAGAAUGGGCGCAUCCACCAACCCCGCUCGUUGCAUUGGCCUUGGAACUCUUGCACAAGGUUCGUUUGAUCCGAAUUCAACGAAAUACAGGUGGACAGAUAAUCGAGUCCACAAACUUGACUAUCUUGAAUCUCUGGCUCGUUUGGAUGGGCCCAAUGAGAGAAGACCGCUUGCAUGGCACAUGGUCGGGGUUCAAACAGUCUGUGGCCUGCUGGGGCUCUUUGCGCGGCAUCGGUUGGCCUUGCUUGUCUUCAACCAAGACAAUCGGUCUUUUCACUCUGUGGUAUAGACUUGGUGUAGGUAUUGAUCUGAUUCCAAAUUUUGACUUCUAG